AUGUCAACCGUGCUUCUUAUCCUCGACGUCCAAAACGGGGUGAUCGACCGCCUGGAAAACACCAAGCCCUACCUCGAUCGCCUGGCAUCGACCGUCACAAGCGCUCGCAACGCAAACAUCAAAGUGAUACAUGUCGUGACUGGAUUCAGAUCAGGCUAUCCAGAGUCCAACCUCAACAACUCAUCUGUACCUGCUGUUGUUGCACGUGGUGAAUACCUUGAAGGGAGCUCCUCAGUGGAAGUCCACUCUUCCGUCGCACCAGUCAACAACGAACCAGUCAUUAUCAAGCGCCGUGUCUCGGCUUUCUUCUCUACGGAGCUCGAUAUGCUUCUGCGCUGCGCCAAGGCCGAAACGAUCGUUGUUGCCGGGCUCAUUACCAGCGGCGCCGUGCUGUCAACUGUUCGCCAAGCGAUGGAUAUGGAUUACCGUGUCACUGUUCUUGAGGACUGCUGUAUGGAUCGCGAUGAAGAGGUUCAUCGUGUACUGAUGGAGAAGAUCUUUGCGAAAAAGGCCCAGGUCAUUUCUGCGAGUACCUGGGUCGAGAGUCUUGAGGGCCUGAGAGUCUGA